AUGGACGCGGUAGUCAAGGUUGUACGUGUGGGUGCCCGGGAAUGGGGGCUCUCUAUGAGAGCGGAUGCAGUUGCGAACUGCGUCGGGCGGCUCCUGAAAGAAGGAGCGAUAGUUAGACCAGGGGACAUUCUUUCCCCUUCUAACUGGGAGAAAUGCACUCGAGCGCUCGCUCAGACAGCCAUGGCCACGAAGAAGGCUGCAGAGCUCAAGACAUGGGGAGACGUAAUGACCAUUUUACAAAGGACUAGGGAGGAGCGUGAGACUUGGCAGGCUGCUCGCGUGGCGCUGCACAUGUCCGCGGAAAUGGCGACACAGACAGCAGCGAACGCAGAGGAGCGAACGGAGGUGAUAGAGGGAGAGACGAUAGUAGGGGAUGAAGUGAGAACAGAGAAUGUGGAAACGGAGGAGGCGGUUUAUCAGGAACCAGAGCUGGGAGAGGGGGAAACACCAGAGGCAUACCCAGUAAUACCCCCUUCUCCGCCACCACCCCCACGGUACCCGUGGAAAGAGAUGAGGGCGAUGGAAAGGGGAGAAUCAGGGGACCUUUAUGGGGACCGAGAUAUGAGAAAGCCAGUGGCAGGUAGUGGAAAAGAAGGCAAGGUGAAAGUGGAGGAGGCAGAAGAAAAGAAAAGACCGCUUAGAGUGGAUGAUCCCCGAGACUGGCUGCCGGGGGCCAUGAUUCGGAUGCAGCAACUAGGGCGGAGUUCCCCGCUGCAGUCAGAUGCGGAAGAAAAAAAGGGGAAGAAAGUCACAAGAGAUAUGGAGCAGAUGUUUAUGCUGCUUACAGCUCUGGAAGAGGAAGUAGCUAAACAAAGAGGGCUAUUAGAGGCAGCAGGUUCCGCCCAAGCGGGAGGGGGAAAAGAAAUUCCCCUAACGGACUGGAAACUGAUAGCGACGGAAUGUGCCCUGAGUGGCCUCAAGUUUCGUGCGCCAAUAGGGGCCUUCCCAGUACUAGUUGCCCCCGGGGGGGGGGGCAGUGAAUGGGUGCCCCUCGACCCAAAGACGGUACAACAGCUAUUGAAAGCAGUGCAAGAACAGGGCCUGCGACACCCAGUGACACAGACGUUGCUGGACGCGGCGCACGCGGGAGGCCUAGUGCCGUGGGAUUGUCGCACCCUCGCGCGACUGGUCUUAUCGCCCACGAUGGUCCUUAUGUGGAAAGAGGCGUGGACCUCGCGUCUGCAGCAAGCGUUGAUGGCCGCGCAGGCAGACCCGCAGAACCCACUGGGCCAAUCCACCCUAACACGGUUAAGAGGAAAUGAUGCGGCCAUGGUUACGCCCCAGCAGCAGGCAGCGGGCCUGAGACCUCGGGAGAUACUGGCGGCAACAGAAGCAUCUCGAAAGGCCUUUGAUGACAUUGGGCCACUGGUGCAACAGGCAGACCCAUGAACGACUGUGAAGCAGGGAGUGGGAGAGCCGUUUGACAAGUUUUGUGACAGACUACAGGCAGCAGUAGAACUCGCAUCUUUACCAGACGCUGCAAAAGGAGCGGUAAUGUUGGAAUGUAUCAAACAGCAGGGCAACGAGUUGACAAAAGAAAUCCUAAGAACAGCGCCUAAGGGAGCAAGUCUAGGGCAGACGAUCAAGUACGUAUUAGAACACCGGGACAAGACCACAGCCCUACAGAUUGCUGCAGCAGUUAUGGCAAUGCCGGAGGUUAGAGCUAGAGGAGGUCCAAAAGGAGGCCCAUGCUUUGGCUGCGGGCAAAUGGGCCAUUUGAGAGCACAGUGCACGAAUAAGGGAAGUUACGCGCGCCCAACAGGGGGUAUGGGGAGCCUCACAUGCUGGGCCUGUGGAAAACCAGGACACAGAGCACGAGAUUGUCGGCGGCCGGGAAACGAGAAGCGGGGAGGGCAAGUAAGGGGCCACCCCUCCCCGGUGAGCCGGCCUCAAGUAGCCCCCGUCAACAACAACACACCGCUGAUGGACAGCUCCAGCGACCAAACUCCGAAGGGAAACCCCGUGUCCUCAAGCACACCGGGGUUUGAUUAUACCGCAAAAUCAUACUGUAACGGCUCUUUGGGGACGGAAACAAAAGGAGGAGGGCUGACCCAUUGGGUAAAUGAGACGGCUAGGGACCUCCCUGAUGGAAUAUUCCUGAUAUGUGGGGACCGGGCGUGGCCCGGGAUCCCAAGACGUGCUGUAGGGGGGCCUUGUUACUUAGGUAGCUUAACUAUCUUUGCGCCCAAUCUAACGGCUGUGAUAACCAUGGCAAAUCAAACGAGUCGAAGGCGCCACAGUCUGACGAGCUUGGGUCCCGAGUGUGAUGAUAAGGUUGAGAUCUGGGGAGCGGCGUCUCGAAUCGGAGCAUCAAUCAUCCCGCAGAUUGGUACAGCACACGCCUUGGCAUCCUUGGGAAAGCUAGCUUGUUGGGCGGUGAAGCAGAGCAACGUAACAACCAAAGUACUGUAUGAAAUGGCACAAGAUAUGGAUAGCUUACGACAUGCUGUCCUGCAGAAUAGAGCAGCCAUAGACUUUCUGCUGUUAGCCCAGGGUCAUGGGUGUAAAGAUGUGGAAGGCAUGUGCUGCUUUAAUCUGACGGAGCACAGCCAGUCAAUACACAGUGAGUUAGAAUGGCUAAAGGAGCACACGCAAAAAAUUACCGUAAUGACUAACCCGCUAGAUAGUUGGUUUGGUAAUUGGCUUGGGCUAGGACCAUGGGCCAGGCAGUUACUAAUAGAAGGGUUGCACCUGCUGCUGAUGCUCGUGCUAGGCAUAUUAGCAUGUAAACUAGUGUUUAGAUGCUUGGUAAGACAACUGCUAGAAAAGGGGUGGUCCCGCCCACACCCACAUUAUGAACGCUUAACCCGCGACACGGCAAUUUAAAGCAAAUAGCAUAGCCAAAGCAUGGGGAGGGGGAGAUGUAGGGAACGGCGAUCGGAAGAUCUCGCGAUGGCACGGAAAGAGGAAGGAUAUGACGCAGAGAUAGCAGUAUGCUUGUAGGUAUAUAAGCGAAUGCAUACGUCCAAUAAACGCCAUUUGUAGCAUCCUCA